CUUGGGUAUAAAAUCCCAAAUCCCAUCAGCUUCUAGCUGCUGGCACAGAGGCUCACUAACAGCAAACAGAAUGGCCUUUCAUUCUGUGCUUCUCGUUUUCUUAGCUGGACUGGUAUUUCUUUCUGAAGCUGCACCACUGGUUUCCCAUGGGUCUGUUGAUUCCAAGUGCCCUCUUAUGGUGAAAGUUCUGGAUGCAGUUAGAGGAAGUCCAGCUGCCAAUGUAGCAGUUAAAGUGUUUAAAAAGGCUGCAGAUGGAAACUGGCAGGACUUUGCUACUGGGAAAACCACAGAAUUUGGGGAGAUCCAUGAGCUCACAACAGAUGAACAAUUUGUAGAAGGGGUAUACAGGAUUGAGUUUGACACCAGCUCUUACUGGAAGGGACUUGGCCUUUCUCCAUUCCAUGAAUAUGCUGAUGUGGUUUUUACUGCUAAUGAUUCCGGUCAUCGUCAUUACACCAUUGCUGCUCUCCUCAGUCCCUUCUCUUAUUCAACUACUGCUGUAGUCAGUAACCCACAGGAAUAAAUAUACACUGAAAUCAUCCUCAAAUAUCCUCCAUUGAUAGAAUUACCAUAGGUUUUUAGGAGGAGGUUAUUUCCUAUAACUAAUGGCAUGCCUUUUUGCUACAGUAGUUUAUCAUUUUGUAACCUGGCUAAAAACUCAGGCAAUAAAUGUUUAAAGAAGAAA